GCGGAGGAUUGCUACGAGAUGAUGACCCUGCAACGCACCAGAAACUGUGUCAAGACUUCCGAGCCGGACCUGAAUUACGCCUCGCUGGACCUGAAGAAGGCAAAGAAACGCAAGAAGAAGCACGGCAACGUGCAAGAGCAGCUGCAGAGCCGGCACCAGCCCCAGGACCGCGGCGCGCCGCCCGCUAACGUGUUCCUGGAGGUGGACGCCGACGUGGAACCCCACCUCCCCGACCGGGACGCCAGCACCAUGGUGUCGCACAGCAGCAUCUACCUGAACAGCCAGCAGAUCGCCAUGGAGACGGAGGAGAUGCAGCGGGAGCAGCAGGACCCGGGCUGGGAGGAGGAGCCGGGGCGUGGAGGAUGUGGAGGGCGUGGAGGAUGGGAAGGUCAGGAGACGGAGGAACGGACGGUUGACCCCUACGGUGGCAGCGAGGACACAUGUGCUCCACUCUCGGAGGCAGAAACUAUAGACCUGCAGACCGAGUCCUUCAACGACGAUAAUAACUAACACGGGCAAGCAGAAGCGAACUAAGCGGCUGCUUAGGGCCCCAUGAACACUAGGGGGCCCCCAAGAGUAAAAAAAAUAAAAAUUUAAUGUGUGAGUGAUGAUUCAUUACAAUGGAGUAUUAGGGCCAAACUAAGACAAAAGAAAUAUGGGAAAUUACCAGAACAAAGUCAUAAUGUUGUGAAAAUAAAGUCGUAAUAUUACGAGAAUA